GAGGGGUGAAUUGUGGACCAAAACACAAACUUGUCACUCUAGUCUGUGAAGUGAAAAAAAGGAGAGCUAUGGGUCUGAUAGCAUAUAAACCCCUAAUUGAUUACGGUUUUCUUUAUUGGACGACCCCUUCACGGUUUAAUCAAGGGAUGAAUAUUUAAACUCGCCACAGUUGAGGAACUUUUUGUAUAUGCCUAGUAACAUAGCGGGCGGGUAUCGCUUCCUAUAGAGCACCUGCCGUGCUGAUUAAUUGAAAUGUGCUAAUUAGAAAGGACGUUCGAUACGACUUUUUUGAAACAAUAUCUGUGCAUAUAAAUGGAGUUUGUGCAAGGAUAAAUUGAUUUGAAAUUCUUGUGACCAUGGCAUAUUUCUGGAAUCAAAGACCCUGUAACAGACAAAGCUGUAACAGUGCUUCUUUGCCGGGAAUUCAUGAAAUUAACUACAGAACUGCCAAUAGAUUUUCAGAGCAUGAUAAUCGCCAUGCAUUUCAAGACCACGGCGUGUAUUUUGGCAAUGGUAAGGAGGAAAGAAGUCUGGGAAGAAAAAUCACCUUACCAGAUCUUCGUCUUCACCACACAGAAAAGUCUUUCUUAAAGCACCACUCCAGAAACCCCGUAGAUGCCGAUUUAAACACAAACUAUAGGGUAGCCUACCUGGGCCAGCCCGCCGAAAAACCACCCGUUCAUCGGCGCUUUCCCCGGAAGUACCGGGCCCCAGAACCCGGAAGUUUCAAAUUACAAACCUCCACAACCAAUUGGUACCAAGCCCCGGAUGUUCCCUUCAGAACACCGACCCAAGUCCUGGCCGUGUCACAGGAACCGUUUCCGAAGCAUAAUCCGUGGAAAUACUCCAAUCAUGGGAUGAGAGACAUAUACCCGCCCUACGAGCGGAACGCCAAGCAACUAGUGGAUAACCAGUUUAACAAAUAUGGCGCCGCUUUUGCGACAGCUAGUGAAUGAAAUCCUUAUUCGAUAACCUUAGGAGAUUUUAAGAUAUAUUUAUACAAACACAAAUAUACCAUCAUAUAUAUGUGAUCAUUUUCUUUAAGCACCUUCUGUGAUAUUUUUUUCGGAGAUGGUUGAACCAACAGUUUUAACAAAGAGGACACGGUCUAAAUAGUUGUCCGUAUAUAUAUGCAUUAUUUUCUACAAAUUCAAGAAAAGUGUGUCAUUUUAUGUUACAAUUUAUUGUUGAAUAUAUAAAAUAUACAACCUA